GGGCGAGGCGAGGGUGGGCCGCUCAAACCCUAGAACUGUAGCCGCCGCAGAGGGCCGUGGGCGGGGAGGAGCUCUCGCCAUGGGUAUCGAUCUCAUCGCCGGCGGCAGGAGCAAGAAGGCUAGGCGCACUGCGCCCAAGUCCGACGAUGUCUACCUCAAGCUCCUCGUCAAGUUGUAUAGGUUUCUGGUGCGAAGGACGGGGAGCAAGUUCAAUGCGGUGAUCCUUAAACGGCUCUUUAUGAGCAAGAUCAACAGGCCCCCCAUCUCCCUCAAAAGGCUCGUCACCUUUAUGCAAGGAAAGGACGAUAAGAUUGCAGUGAUUGUUGGUACGGUGACAGAUGAUAAGAGGGUUUACGAGGUCCCGGCCAUGAAGGUGACUGCUUUAAGGUUUACGGAGACGGCUAGGGCAAGGAUCCUCAAGGCUGGAGGAGAAUGUUUGACCUUUGAUCAGCUCGCCCUCCAAUCUCCUCUUGGGCAGAACACGGUUCUCCUCAGGGGUCCAAAGAAUGCUAGGGAAGCUGUGAAGCACUUCGGUAAAGCUCCAGGAGUUCCACACAGCCAUACUAAGCCUUAUGUCCGUUCCAAGGGAAGAAAAUUUGAGAAGGCCAGAGGAAGAAGGAACAGCAGAGGAUUUAGGGUUUAGGUCAGAUUCUCUUGUUUUUAUUCCAAAGGAUGAAGUAAUGGUAAUGUUUUUAGCAGGGAGGAUUAUUAUCAUGAAAAUUUUUGUUGUGUUUCAAUUUUGGGUACAAUUUUAAUAAGUCUGGCAGGUAUUUUCAUUUCCCCCUCUGAAUGCAUAUCACUAUCAGAAACGUUAAGAACCUUUUUAAGUUUGGAUUGUGGUGCACGUUUUGCUUCCUAA